AUGCGCACCUACGCUGGUCUAUGGCGGAAACGGCAAUUCAUACCCUGCUGGGUCCUUCAGGGUAUUUCUGUUGCCAUCCUGGGCGUUGUUGCGAGCUUGCUUGUCGGCGCCAGCACAGUCGUCCUGGCAAUGGGAAAAGGUCACGAGGGAUUCUCGUGGCUGGGCUACUCCGUCGAUGACCUAGCCAGAGUUGCAGUAGUGGUCGGUUCCAUCUUGCUCGUUUUCUGCAUUGUUACAUUAGCGAUGUGCAGUGCUGAAGUGGCGUUAUACAAGACGCGUAAACUCAGCCCCGUGAUCCUAUUGAGUUUUUCUUGUGUCAAGACGUUCAUAUGGAUCGUCUAUUUUGUGGCCGUACUUUUGGCCGCCGCGAAAGGUUCGCCUAGUGCACUAGAUCUGAUCAUUGGCAUCAUACUUGUCACGACAAGCAUUGGUCAAGUGGUACUCUCUGUAACCUACACACUGAAACAGCGCAAAGGAUUGCUCGACCGCGGGGACUAUGCCGACGUCGAGUCUGGCGGCGCACGAAAUAUGGCUUCCCUUCCGAGAAGCAACACUUGGCGGAAAUCCAUCCCAGCCAUCACCGUCAACUCGCGAGAGUUGACCGAUACCGGGUAUGAGAGCUAUAGAAACUCGGCAGUAAGCGUGAGCAAGCACCGAGAUUCGGAGGACUCAACCGCUGCGAUCGAACUCGACACUCGGACAAUGGCAUCAUCGAAUUACGAAGAUUCGGCAUGGACACUAGCUAGUCCACCUACGAGUCCGGGAUUAACAACCGUGUUAUCACAUCCACCAAUCAAGCGAAUGUAUUCGCCAGCGGAGAUAUCUGAUGACCUUGAUCGAGUGGACCUGGCUUUGACAGGAUACUAUGGGGUCGGCCUUGAGGGCCAGACGAGAAGAUAG